AGAGCGUUCUGUAUGUGAUGGAAGGGUUAUGUUGCUGAGUUUUGCUAAUAACCGGCUAAUAAGACAAACAACUAAUGAGUUCACCAUGAUGGGGAAGUGUAAGACUGUGGAGGAGAAAGUAUAAAUGACAGACGGCCGGUGUGGAGCUGCACAGUGUAUAUAAUACCACAUAGACAUUCCCUCAUUUUAUUUAUUCUUCUGUGGUGAACUAAAUCGGAUGCAGUGUAUAAGCUAAAUCAGGCCUUGGCCACCUGUGAUUUUCCAGCAGCUGUGGGACUACAUAUUCCAGCCUGCCCUGCUACAAGGAUAGGACCUACGUGAGAUGAAUGGCUCACUUGUAACCGGACGAGCGACGCACACUGAGCACCAGGCCAGCUCCCCGUCUGCACAAAGCUCUCCACUUCCUGCACUUGUGACUCAGGAAGGAAAACACAGCAGCGUGGAGCGUUGCAAGCACAGCCAGGAAGGGCUCAGCAGCAGAGAGGAGGCCGCAGGCCGCUAAAUCCUUAUUGUUCUGUCACAGAGAAUGAGAGGGAUCGCUUGUGCACUCCAGACCCAGCAGUAACGGGAGAGGAAAGGUGUUCAUAGUGCAAAGGGUGUGUACGAGCGUGUUUGCUGAGCGCACCCAAUAUCGCAUUCCAGGAAGAAAGUGCAACAAAUACUGUAACAGAAAAAGUAGACUGACAAGAAAAGCAAUAGAGGAAGAUUAUAAAAUGCACGGCUCCUGCCUGGGGGACAACUGAGACGCUGGGACGCAGGACAUGCACUGACGGAUAGAUUCCAGCUCUGCUAGACCAGGAAGUGUCAUCGGUGGAGAAGUUUUAGCAUGGCGAACGCCCCAGAGGAAGUCGCCCAGCUCCCGUACGAUGGCACCUGCGAUGCCUGUGAGCCGGACGAGGCCAGAGAGGCACUUGUCAUCUGCGACGACUGCCACUUCUCUUACUGUGACUUGCACGCCGGCGAGCACCGGCAGCUGUACGCCGGGCACAGGGUGAGAGACUUUUCACAGGCAGCCGUCGAGGCGGAAAAUACCCCGGUGGAGGAACCGGCGACUGACACCAGGCAGAGCGAUGCGUUCGAGAGGAAAAACUGCCCUUUGCACAUGCAGGAACUGAGUCUCUACUGCAAGGACGACUGCAAGAUCAUCUGCGUUUUGUGCGCCGUCGCUGGAGACCACCGCCAACAUCAGCUCAUUACCCUCAAUGAGGCCUACCAGGAAAUUAAGAAGAGAAAACCAGUUGACCUGAAGGUUGCCAUGGGUGAGAUGGUGGAGAAACUGAAGGAGAAGUGUGCCAACCCCAAAGCCACACGCAGCGAGCUGAAGAGCUUCAUUCAGAAAGAGUUUGACCACAUGAAGCAACUGGUAAACGAGGAGGAGACCAAGGCCUUACACUUUGUGGACCUCCAGGAGGCCGUGGCCUCGGCACACGUGACUGAGGUCCUUGCGGAGCUCAACGUCCACAUGGGAAAGUUAAUGACCGAGAUGGCAGAAAUCACCCGGCAACUGAACAGCUUUAACCAACUGGUCAUGCAGAAGCCUGAGAACCCAGAAGACGACUGCAUGGAUGAAGGGUCCGCGACUGACUCGGCUGACGGAAACUCCGGCUCGCGGUUUCAUAGCCCACCACCAGGGAACGGUCCAUGGUAAAGGAACGGUUACACAAUCAGUGGAAGUGAACAGCUGAUGAUGGAGCCUCUCCCGGCCUCUCUCCCGGUGUUCCAUCCUGCGUACUAUGCUGAUACAGGAGGCCGCCGCAAGACCUUCAAAGCCGGACUCUUAAUGACCAUACUGUAUCUCACUUGGAAGAUCUGGACCGGUUGGCUUCCGUGUGUCUUGACACAAAUGUGUUUUUGCCAUCAGUUACACAACCGUCAUCAAAGGGCUGUUAUUGAUCACCGGAGCCUGGGCAUUCCGUGCAUUGGGGUUAUCGACAUUAGUCGUCUUCUGUUUCACUCUUUUUUUUUUUUUUUUUCUAGGUGAAAGAAGAAGAGAAAAAGCACUUAGGGCCAUAUACAGUAUAUACAGUAGGACAUGCUUUAUGGGGGUAUCAUCUGAUAACUGUCUCACAUGCAACACUGGUGUGUCGCAUGAUUUUACCUCCCCGCUAUUCAUAUUACAUAUGACAUACAUGCGUGUCAUAUCAUCUUAUAGAACACGAUACCAGACCCUUCUCCCCCCAACAUGUCCCUUCCCUUUGGUUCAAUAGGCUCUGCUCCCAAACCUCACACCUACGAGGCAGCCACCUGGGCUGAAUUAAUGGAUAUUGAAAAAAAAACGCCUUCCUCUUUAAUGUAUUUAUUUUAGGCAACCGUAAUAGUGAGUGGGAAGUUCUGGAGUGGAGCAGUUGUACUGGGUGGAAUGGGGUUAUUUUGCAUGGUCUAUGAGCCUAUUAUAUUACUAAACUUUGGGUUAAUGCAGAGGUUCCCAAACUCCAUACUCAGGACCCCACACAGGACAUGUUUUCCAGGUCUCCUCAUAGGAUCACAAGUGAAAUAAUCACCCCCACCUGUGGAUUCUUUAGAAUGUCGAGUAAUGAGCACACCUGUGCGCCUGCUGGGUGACCUGGAAAACGUGAUCUCUUUGGGGUCCUCCUGAGGACCCAGACUGAGAACCUACGGGUUAAUGGACUGUUGGCCGCUAUGAAAUGCCGCAUUACCUGAAUUUAUGUUUAUAUGUGAAAAUAAAACAUUGAACCCAUUGCGUCAGAAGACGGCAGGACGGUACUGUAAUUCUGUUGUACACUUCUAUGUUUUUCUCUUCUAUUGUUUGAUAUAUUGCAAGAAGAAAGUAAUGUUCUCCCUUUAUUAAAUCUGAACUAUUUUUAUAAUUAGGUUUCCUAUAUUUAUGCUUAAGGAUGUAAUUGGCGCUCUGUAUUCUUAAUCAUGUGUGGUGAUUCCGAGGCGAUUAGCGGUUUGCUGCUCCUUAGUGGUUGUGUUACUCUGGGAUGAAGAAGAUGAUGAUAAUAUAUAGGAAUAAUCACUCCUGCAAUUGCAGGGAGCCUUCACUGUGUGCUACAUAGUAUCACACCAUUCAAUAAAGUGCCGAGAGGCGCCGCCAGACGGAUCGCAUACAGUAUGGCCGCCAGACGUAGGUUUGCUUGGACACGUCCCGCGGUUGUCAUUCAAAGUAAAAUAUAUCGGUGUGACAUUGUAAUAGCCAAUAGCAUUUGUCUCAAUGUGUCAUUGGUUAAUAAGGAAACUGACAGUAUGUGAUAUUACGAAUACGUGAACAUUGGUUUAACCCACAAAGUGACGACUAAAUAUUUGUGGGUUUAACCAAUGGCCAACUCAGUGCCGCUUGUCAAUCCUUUAGGACCCAGUAUCCUCAUCGUGAUAAAGCGGCCUAGAACUUCCUUAGUCACUGGCACAAACAGCGGGGUCCGCGCAGGAAGUGCAUGCGCUACAGUACAGCGUGUCAUCGAUAACUACACUUUACGUAAAAUGGCCUUUAUACAGUAUGUAUUGUUACCGCGUAGCUGGAUGGUUUGCUAUAAUAAAAAGAUCAAUGAAAGCAU